AUUAUUCUAAGUAUGAUCGCAUUAUGCCGCAAAAAUUAAUGAAUUCGACGUUCGAGGAACAGAAAAGUGUUAGGCAGACGGUCCAUCUGCGUGGAAGAGAAAGUUCCCCGUAUUAUGUGUUUUUACACUCGGAUGAUGAAGGUAGCACAGACGAGGAUAACAUCUCUUUACAAACUAUCAAACGACCUACAUCAUUAUGUCGAAAAAUUCAGGUGAUCAAUGUGCAAAUAAAACCUGAAGAUACUCUGCAAGCAUUAGCUCUUCGAUACAGAUGCACAAUAUCUGAAUUGAAAAGAAUUAAUAAAAUCGACAAAGAGAAUGAAAUAUAUGCUAAGCCUUAUAUUAAGGUUCCCGUACAACCAUUCUCUAUUUUAACUGAGACGUCGCAUGAAAGUCAAGGCAAUAAUAAUGCUAUCACCAUGUCUGAGCAAUGCCAAGAGGAAGCACCUGCGAUAACGGAUGAACAAUUAAUAGACUUAAGUGUCACAUCGACAAGCACGGAGUCCUCAAACACGGAAAUUAAUACGAUUAUACUGAAUUCAGUGUGUGAACCUCUAUCAUCCUACAACGGUGCCAAUACUCCUGAAAUUUUUCACACAGAGCACGAUGCGUUACUUGAUGAUGUUGAGAAUACAGAAAUAGCUGAAUCCUGUGAAACAAAUAUGUUCAAAUGUUCGGGCGAUAACUGGGGAUUGUCCUGGACACAAUUGCUCGUAUUCUCAUUAUUAUUAAGUUUUGCAGGGCCUAUUAUAUACAUACUUUAUAUAGCGGAAUAUUCAGCUAAAACAAAUAUAACUGUAAGUAACUGAUAUUUCGUGUAAAGGAUUAUAUAAGGAUAGAAAGUCACAGGAUAAGAAUAUACGUUUUGAC